CGGAGGGACAGUCUCGUUCGGUGGUGUCGUUCGCAGUGUGUGUUGUGGGAAGCGUGUGGUGUGGCCAGUGGGGUCUUGUGUUGAAUUUUUUACUUAUUUAUUAGUGGUUAUCUGGUCUUUUACAUUCGGCAGCAGCGAGAAUGUACCCCGCAGGACAACGUGAGUGUCGCUGCGUCGUCGAACCCGCGCGGGGUUCCGCAAAAACCCCCGUAAACACACUCGAACGUCCCUGCGGAUCUCACGACAAGCGAGCGAGCUCCGCGGGCUCACUCGUCUCCGCUUGCACACUCGCACGCUUGCUCGCUCGCCUGCCUUUGGCCCUCGGACGCUCGCUUCUUUCUACGCUUCCUAAUCGUUCUCCCUCUCCUCCCCCGCCCCCUCCUCUCUACGGAAACGUUGCGGGGAAACGCGACGCCCGUGCAUGAAGACACGCUCAAUGACCUCGGAUGAACCUCGUUCAACAGGCACGCGUGUCGUCACUCACCCGCGACUCAACGGUCUCCACGCGUUAGCUAAUCCUGCUCUAGCGAUUCUCUGUCUCUCUCUAGAUUAUGAUCUUAUCUACUGUACAAACAAAGGAUUCAGGGCUUAGGCGUUAGCGAACGGCGAUAGGAAAGAUGAAUUGAACUUUCGUCGUAUUCUAUUAAGAGAUUGGUGAUUCCCUUCCUCGUUAUCGAGUUUCGAGCGUCACACGUGGAAAAUUGGUUCCGUGUUUAAGCGAGCCAGCUUUAUGUGUCACAUGCUAACGAUAUGAGUCACGUAGUAAAAGAUUACUUCUCAAAUCAGAAGAAUUUCCAUCACUGGAAAUGGUUUUUUAAACGUUGAAGUUUUUAUGGGAAUGUGUAGCAUAUACAUCGUUAGAACUAUAAUAAUUGCUUCAUACAACACUUUACAAACAAUACAAGUGCAUGUGAAAAUACGUUCCGAUUAUAACAAAUCAAGCAUUCCAGGGUACAUAAACAGAAAUAGAAAAAAUGAAAAGUGCAACCCCCCCACCUGGACCCUCAACUAGUGGCGGUUCUGUUGGGACGGCGGGAGUAGCGGCGAGUAGUGUCGCGGCUCCCAGCAAUAUGGGGCUUGUUCCCGCACAACAGGCACACACUCCUCCUCAACCUGCAGAACUGCCAAUGUUUACGUGCCCUCGAAGACCAAACAUAGGACGAGAAGGUAGACCGAUUGGUUUGAGAGCUAACCACUUUCAAAUUAGUAUGCCACGUGGUUACGUACAUCAUUAUGACAUCAGCAUACAGCCUGAUAAAUGUCCUCGGAAAGUUAAUAGGGAAAUUGUAGAAACUAUGGUUCAUGCAUAUACUAAAAUAUUUCAAUCUCGUAAGCCUGUGUUUGAUGGCAGAAAUAACUUGUACACAAGGGACCCUUUGCCUAUUGGGCAUGAUAAAGUAGAAUUAGAGGUCACACUGCCUGGUGAAGGAAAGGAUAGAGUUUUCCGAGUGGUCAUAAAGUGGUUGGCACAGGUUUCGCUAUUCGCUUUAGAAGAGGCUUUAGAAGGACGAACUAGACAAAUUCCAUAUGACGCUGUUCUUGCUUUAGAUGUUGUAAUGAGGCAUUUACCAUCUAUGACAUACACUCCAGUAGGUAGAUCGUUCUUUAGUACGCCAGAAGGGUAUUAUCAUCCAUUAGGCGGAGGCAGAGAAGUUUGGUUUGGAUUUCAUCAAUCAGUGAGACCGUCGCAAUGGAAAAUGAUGUUAAAUAUCGACGUCUCUGCCACUGCCUUCUACAAAGCGCAACCAGUUAUAGAAUUUAUGUGUGAAGUGUUGGAUAUUCGAGAUAUCAAUGAACAAAGAAAACCGCUUACGGAUUCUCAGAGAGUGAAAUUUACCAAAGAAAUCAAGGGUCUCAAGAUUGAAAUAACUCACUGUGGAGCUAUGAAACGAAAGUAUAGAGUGUGCAAUGUUACACGUAAACCAGCUCAAAUGCAAUCAUUUCCAUUGCAAUUGGAAAAUGGACAGACGGUUGAGUGUACAGUUGCCAAGUACUUUUUAGAUAAGUACAAAAUGAAGCUGCGCCACCCACAUCUUCCUUGCUUGCAAGUCGGUCAAGAACACAAACACACGUAUCUGCCGCUCGAGGUUUGCAAUAUUGUCGCCGGACAACGCUGCAUUAAGAAGUUAACAGACAUGCAGACCUCGACUAUGAUCAAAGCGACAGCGCGUUCUGCACCAGACCGUGAACGGGAAAUUAACAAUCUGGUUAGAAGAGCUGACUUUAACAAUGAUUCUUAUGUACAAGAAUUUGGAUUGACUAUAUCGAAUAGUAUGAUGGAAGUCAGGGGUCGUGUACUACCUCCGCCCAAACUGCAGUAUGGAGGGCGCGUAAGUUCCCUCAGUGGACAGACGAAGCAGCAGGCGAUGCCUAAUCAAGGCGUUUGGGAUAUGCGAGGCAAGCAGUUCUUCACUGGAGUAGAGAUUAGAGUUUGGGCGAUUGCUUGUUUUGCGCCGCAGAGAACAGUACGCGAAGAUGCGUUACGUUCAUUCACAACGCAACUACAAAAAAUUAGUAAUGACGCUGGAAUGCCCAUCAUUGGACAGCCAUGUUUUUGUAAAUAUGCUACUGGACCAGAUCAAGUCGAACCCAUGUUUCGAUACCUGAAGUCAACUUUCUCACAAUUGCAGCUAGUUUGUGUUGUAUUACCAGGCAAAACUCCUGUAUAUGCUGAAGUGAAAAGAGUAGGAGAUACAUUAUUGGGCAUGGCAACCCAGUGUGUACAGGCAAAAAACGUCAAUAAAACAUCACCGCAGACAUUGUCCAAUCUUUGUCUUAAAAUAAAUGUCAAAUUAGGAGGCAUCAACAGCAUUUUAGUACCUAGUAUAAGACCAAAAGUGUUUAAUGAACCGGUUAUAUUUCUUGGAGCUGAUGUGACCCAUCCACCAGCGGGAGAUAACAAGAAACCCAGCAUAGCUGCUGUAGUAGGCAGCAUGGAUGCCCAUCCAUCUCGAUACGCAGCAACUGUUAGGGUUCAGCAGCAUAGACAGGAGAUUAUACAAGAACUCAGUUCGAUGGUUAGGGAAUUGCUUAUAAUGUUUUACAAGAGCACAGGCGGAUAUAAGCCGCAUAGAAUAAUUCUAUACCGCGACGGUGUUUCCGAAGGCCAAUUCCUUACAGUUCUGCAACAUGAAUUAACCGCCAUUCGAGAGGCAUGUUUAAAACUUGAGAUCGAUUACAGACCCGGCAUAACGUUUAUCGUAGUACAGAAGAGGCAUCACACGCGUUUGUUCUGCGCGGAUAAAAAGGAGCAAAGUGGGAAAAGCGGGAAUAUUCCAGCAGGUACGACUGUCGAUGUAUGCAUAACUCAUCCAACGGAAUUCGAUUUUUACCUUUGCAGUCACCAGGGUAUUCAGGGUACAUCGAGACCAUCGCAUUAUCAUGUUCUUUGGGACGAUAAUCACUUCGAAAGUGACGAGCUACAAUGUCUCACGUAUCAAUUAUGUCACACUUAUGUGAGAUGCACGAGAUCUGUCAGUAUACCAGCGCCAGCGUAUUAUGCUCAUCUCGUAGCAUUCCGGGCUAGAUAUCACCUAGUCGAGAAAGAGCAUGAUAGCGGAGAAGGAUCUCAUCAAUCGGGUUGCAGUGAAGACAGAACGCCGGGUGCGAUGGCGCGGGCAAUUACAGUUCAUGCCGACACAAAACGAGUUAUGUAUUUCGCAUAAUACCAUUGUCGUCUCGAGUUAAGCCAUCGUAUGAACAUCGCUGUUAUCUCCAUGAAGAAACGACUGUAUAUAAUUGCGUCUCCGUGACACAGAUGUGAGAAACUUCAUCAGGCAGCCGGGAUCGGUGGCAGCUACGUGCAAUCGCGGCACGUCGCGCCAUACAUUCUUGGACUAUUUAACAGUUAGGACAAUUUAACUGAGAGGUCAAUUCUCUUACGUACCUUUCCGUUGUCCCUUUUUUCCUAUUCUCUCUCUUUCUUAUUUUACAUCUGUACGACAGCUUUUUUUGUACGCGUGGCACUGUAUGUUAUAUUUACAUUUGUAUAGGAAAAACGAACUUUUGAUUGAUUUUAUGAACUUAUAAAAUAAGUUUUUACAAGAGGUGCUUUUUAGUUGUUGGCCGUUUAUAGAUCAGAUUAAGAAUGUUUUUACACAGAAAAGUCUAUUUGCGGUCGAAGUAGUUGGAAACCUAGCUAAAUAAGCAAAUUUCUUUAUAAAAAUUAUGUUUGAUAAAAUCAUGGAAGAAAUUGUGAUUUUUUUUAAAAACCGAUUAAUCGAAACGUGAAUUUCUGUUGUAUUACGGAGAACAACAGCACUUUUUGACUUCUCGAAUCACUCAAUGAAUUGUGUGGCAUAUUACGCUUAUUUUGUAGAAAUGAAUUUUCUAUAGCAUUCAUGUGAAAAAGAAAAAAGGGGGCAAACAAACCAAAUGACUUGAAAAUUAAAACAAGCAAAAAUAAUGAAAAAUAUGAAUUAUAUAUAAAUCGCUAUUUGCGAGACUGUUAUCUUGUUGCAUGUAUGUAUAGCUUUCAUUUUGCGAGGAGUAAAACUCCAUUCUGUAAAUUCUGUAAAUUUUAGACUUUUGAUCAUGGUAGAAUGAUUGGCAAAAGCGAGUAUUGGUUAAUAACGACUGUAAUAUCUUUAGGAUUACGAAUCAUGCCGCGUCAUAUCCGUUGAAUCACAACGCCUAAAAAUAAUGUGCCGAAUAGUAAAAAAGAACGCUAUCUUUUAUACAUUCUUAAUCAGCUAAAAAUUUCACGAAAUUAUUUUAAAGUAAUCCUGAGAAGUAUUCUUGAGAACCGAUAGAACAACACCAAUUCGUGUGUACACUUCGGGUAACAAGUAUAGUAAAUAAGAUCGAAUAAUCUUCAUACAUAAAGACAACUAUGCAUGUAAUAGCCGAAAAGUGUUACGUAAAGCAUGUACAUUACAUGGUUUCCAAUAUGUUUUAAUAAUGGCUAGUGUCUAUUUGAGAGAACUAAGAAUCACUGCUAAACUAAGAAUCACUGUCAAUAAUUAUAUAUUUCGAUUAAUUAGUAUAACUACGAUGUAUUACAGAAAAAUAUCAGUACUUUCUUAUCAUAUUCUUAUUCUUUUCAAUUCUCCGUGUUACUCCCAUAUAGACACUAAGCUUUAGGCUGCAAAUUUAGCAUAGAUAAUUAAAUUAAUUAUUGUUUAGCAUAGGCAAUUAAAUUAAUUAUCGUUAUUUUACUGUUGCUACUCGUUAGAGUGUAUAUUUUAUUCGUCUCACUUUAAUUUCUCAUUAGAUUAUUGUCUGUACGUUGCACAGCUCAUAAUCUAUACGUCAACUAUUAAUAGUAUCACUGAACUAGGAUAUAACUAAGAUACAACCUUGCCCAAGCAACUUUAUCUGUGUUAAAAACAACCCUGUAUUAUGACCCUGGUGGUCGGAAGUCUAUUAAGCAAGAAAAAAAGAUCCAAAUGCACAUGUCAUACUAGAUUGCCGGGGAUAAAAAUAAACGGAUAUCCGUGUCUACUAUCCGAAAUAAACCGUGAUGUUAGCUAUUCAGAUCAAAGAUGGCUAUGAAUAAGUCAAAUUUGCAUGUUAUACAUAUGAGCUAACAUACGAAGACAUAGCCGCAUUAAAGCGUACAAAGAACUAUCAAAUAAAAGUAAAUCGGAUGUCACGUCGGAUUUAAUGUUAAAUUAUCCAAACAUCAAGCUUGAUCAACUCUAUAACUUAGUGAUUAUACUUAAGAGCGAAAUAAGAUGUAAGAUUAGUUGUAAGAGUAUUAUAAGAGUAAGAUUUUUUAUAGUUUAAAAAAAAAGAAUUGUUUUGCUUGAUAAUGCCAAAACUCUAGAAGUUUUGUAUUUUUAUUCUAAUGAUCGCGAUCUUAUGCAAAUCUAUGUCAUUUAUUGGCACAACAAUACGGAGUAAUAAUAUAAGUGAAGUAAUACACAGACGUAAAAAGCAACACAUAUUAAUAUAGGAUCGUAUAUUAAUAGUAUUCUUGAUCUAUUAAUAUAUGAAUAGAAAUUAUAUUAUAAGUACGCUAAUAUAAAAACACAAUUGUGCAUCGAUUGUCGCGCGUGCGUGCAUGCGUGCGUUAAAUUAUUAUGUAUUAUUGUUAGAAUCAUUAACAUAUCGAAAUCUCUUUUUUUUUCUUUUACAAUUAUAUGAGCGCUUGCGUAAGAAUCGAAUUUCCAUUGCAAUCAGUUGUGAUCUUUUAACCACUUAGUAAAUACAGUAUUAAUAAUAACAAUGCUUACUUAAGAAGAAAGAAUAAUUAAAAAAAAAAAAAAAUUAAUUUCUUCAAUGGGACAAAGGAGUGGAAGUGCUAUUUUUAAUUGUAUUAAUGAUUCUAAUAUUAGAUUUACAAGGGGAACACAAUGUUAACAUUAUAUUGGAAAGUAUGGAAAGAGACGACCCCUUAAUCUAUUAGUAAUAUUUAUUCUAGUUGUUAAAGUAAAGAAUGAAACAAUUAAAACUGUCCUCUCUUUCACCGCUAAAACACACGACACAUCUGUGCUGAUAUCUGUAUGGGAAUUCUAUAAUAGUCUUUUAUUGUCUACCUGUUUGGAAAAACAAUCGUAGGCAUAGUUGGGAAAGCAGUAGUCAGGACAACUAUAAUUAUAUUAGCCGAGUGAUAUGAGCAACGUAUAUCCGAUGUAUAAAAAUAAGGAGAGAAAAGUAAAAGAGAAAAAAAACGAAAGAUUAUUAUUCACGUUGUUGAAGAUGCAUCUUAUAGGAAUGAACGUCACAAUGUAUAUUAUGGUUCGUCAUCUUGUGUGCUAUAACAGAGUGAUAUGAAGGAGUUUGCAGGUUAUAAGAUCAUUAUCAAUUUGAUUAGAUUUUAAGGCAAUUUAUGGAUAAAUAAGUUAGCCGCGGAAAUAUUAACGAUAAUAUUCCAGUGAAUACCAAAACGAGACUAUGGCAAGAUUUAAUUGAUGCGACGUUUUACUCGAAUGCAGUAAUAGUGUAAAUUAGCGUAAGAUGAGUUUGCAUUAGCGUUUUAAGAAAGUAUUUAUAUCCGUUUAAAUAAUGGGUGUACAUUACUUCGUAUCCGCGAAGAAUGAAAAAAGAAUAAUUUAUCGCGAAGUGAAUAUUGGGCAUAUUGAUGAAUGGAUGCUAUUGAUGAAUUCGUUUCUCUUAUAAAAUUCUUCAUGUAUGUAUUUCUAUGUCUUUAUCUUCUUGCGUUCUUAUUUCUUACGCGAUCAAGAAUUUCCGCUCGAUAUUUUUCUGCGCCUGAAUAAAAAAUAGGACUAGAAGAGCUAGUCCAUCUCAUUUGUAAAUAUAUUUCGGUAAUUUAUUCUGUAGAUGAUCUCUUUUUUUUCGCGCGUUAAUGUAAAUGACACAACAUUUUAUGAUAAGAGAUUAAUAAGGAGAGAAUAAUAAGGACGCAUUAUUGUGCAAGGUGUUUCACAUUUUGUCUUACAAUUAAUCGCAGAUUGCUCGAUUAUAAAGUCGAUCUUUAUUAAUGGGUGUUGGAUUAGGAGGCCAUUAAGUAACAACUUUAUAAUUCGAUUUUGAUUAUUGCGACCUAUUAAGCAUAAGAAAGAUAUUUUUAUUAUUUAUUUACGCAUUUGCAGUUUGAUUUGCUACAGAUUUUUAGUUUUCGAUGUUGAGAAAACUCUCUAAGCCUUAGGGAAAGCCUUUAAUCGAGGAAAACUCAAUUUCAGAUUUGCUAGAGAAUUUGCAAUCUGUGACAAUUGAUAAUUCAAACUCUUUGACUAUGUAAAAAAAAAAAAAAA